AUAACUGAUUCAUACCCGUUGAAAAAUCAAGCCAUUCUUACAAUACAAUUUGUUACUUAGAACUGGAAAAUUCAAUGUUAAGUUUUCUUAAACUAAAUCGGAAUUGAUAAUGUACUGAAAUCGUGAAAUCAUGAAGAUAUUUGGCAUAUUUUUGGUCACGUUGACCAUCCUCUUUUACGUAGCUGAUUGCCGACAUUUGGUUUCAAGGCCAAAAGAUCAUCAUGCUUCUUUACAUGAACGAGGAAGCAAGAAAGAGUACCUAAAUCUAGCCCCACUAUCCGAUGAUACCAUGAAUGCUGGCUUCGACAGCCUACCAAACAAUGAUAUUGCUGCCUUACAGAGUGACGUCAGCGAUUUUAAUCAAAUCCAAAGGGAUGAAUACUAUGAUCUAACUAAUGGUAUUCCGGACACCCUGCGACAGGCGGCAGCACAGGUUGUCGAAAAUAACCCUCAGGCAGGUUUAGACUACAGAGACACAGGGAUGCAAAGCUUCAAAGAUAGUUCAGAAAGUAGGCGGCCUCAAGAAAUUAGAGAAAAGAAUGAAGAGGAUGAAGCUGGAAAACAAGGGGAGAAAAUUCGAAGUGAGUCUGAUGGCCAAAACGAGGUUAAAACCGAUAACAAAAAAGAGGGUUCAAGUAAGGAAAGUGAAAACAGGAAAGACGAGAGCCAAAAAUCUCAGGGGAAAGAGGAAAAUGAACAUAAUAUACUGAAGAAUAAUGAGGAGAAAAUUAAUGAUAAUCAAACGUUUGAAAAGGAAACAGGAAAACCAGCGAAUGAUCAUAAAGAAAAAGAAGAUAAUCAGAGAUUUGAAAGUGGAAGAGAAAAACAGGAAUCAAAGAGUAACGAAGAGAAAACUGUUGGCAAGGGCAAGGAUGAUAAAGAAAGUGAAAAGGAAUUUGAAAAAAGCAAAGAUAAAAUGCAAAAAGGAUUUUCCAGUAAUGAGAAAGACGAAAAAAGCUCUCCGAAGUUUGAAGAUAAGAACUCAGAAUCAAAAGGAAAAUCUAACGAUGAUAAAGGAAGGGAAUCAGCAAAUUCGAAAGAAAGCGAAGAACAACAGAAGAAUUUUGAUGGAAAUAAAAGUACCGAUAAAGAAAGACAGGGUGAGAAUAAAAAUGAUCAUGAUGAGGGAAAACUGAAAGAAGUAAGUAACGGAAAAAACGAAAAUAAGGAAAGUAAGGGAUCUAAUGAGUUCAAGGAUAGUAGUAAAUCUAAUGAAGCAAGGCAAGAAGAGCAAAGAAAAGCUGAGGAUAAGAAUGAAAAUCAAUCUAACAAAAACAAAGAAAAAUACGAUAAUGGCAUUAAAGAAUUAAGCAACAAUGAAGAUAGACUUAAAAAUGCGCGUGAAAAAGGUGAAAAGGAACAGGAAGACAGCAAUCAAGAGAAAGAUUUUGGAAUAAAACAGAAGGAAAGGAAAGAAUCUUUAGUUAAUGAAGACCAAAAAACGAAGGAAAAUGGAAAGAAAGAGCAAGGUGAUGUGAAACCGGAAAAAGUUGCUGAAAAAUUCGAGAAGCAGCAAAGUGAAGAUCGGUUUCAGGGAAGUAAAAAUGAAGAAAAAGAAAGUGGAAGAAAGGGAGACCAAUCAAAAGAAGGACAAGUAAGUAAGGAGACGACAAAAGAUAACCAAAAUAAAGACGAGAAGAAUAAGGAAAAAAGUCAGAAGAAUGAAGAAAAUAAAUCAUUCUCUGAAAAUCGGAAAGAUAAUAAAGCUUUGAAUAAGGAAGAAGCAGAUUUGAAUGAUAGUGCCAACAGAGAUUCUGAGACAGAGAAUCAAGGUCCUGCAUCAAAUUACCAUGGCAAGAGUGAAAAUGCAGAGAAACAGAAGGCUUUUGACGGGAAAGACAGUCCAAAGCAGGAUGGUGAAAAGGGAGAAAACAAAGACAAUGGGAAUAGGGAAAAAUCUCGCGAAGAAAAGGAAGAGAAAUUCGGGGCACUGAACGAAAGCGGAAAGAAAGAAAAAGAUACGAAGGAAGAAAAAGAAAGAGAGGACAAUGACAAGGAGAGGCAUGGUCAAAAAGAGAACCAAAAGCAGGUACAACAGGCCGAAAAUUUGUUAGGGCACGAGCAGAAAAAAAUUAAAAAUAAUGAGAAAAAUUCAAAUAAUAAAGGUGAAAAUAAUAUGAAAAGUUCUGAAGGAAAAAAUGAUCAAAAGGAAGAAAAAGACGAGAGGAAACUUUCAAAGAAUGAAAACGAAGGAAAGGAGGAAAAAGCAAUGCUUUCGGACGAGCAAAUUGAAAAGAAUGCGAAAGUCGUUGUAAACCAAUUGAAACAGCUUCAGAAAAUUGCGCAAUCUUCAGACCCAGAUCCCUCAAAGAUAGAUGUUGGUAAGCUGCAUCCUGGUACGGUUAAGUUCCUUAAGAAACUUGGUGAGCAGCAUGAUUCUAGACAGAAAUCUAAAAAUGUAGGCAUGCAUGCCAGCGGUAGCACAGAGGGUGAAUCUCAAGAGUCUAGAGUAGCCCAAUACAGAAAGGGCGAGGGCUAUGAAACACAGGAUGUCAGAGAAUCUUCGAAAUCGGAGAGCAACGUGAAGGAAAACCGGAACGUGAAGAAGCCUUGCUCAAGAAGAUGCAACGGAUGUGGCUCUGCUGAUUGCAUGGAUAUGGACAUGGACAUGUCUUCACUAUGCGGAGGAAUGUCUGGUCCCCCAUGUGCAGCUGCUGCACCACCACCCCCACCUCCCCCACCACCACCACCACCACCCACCUCCUCCUCCACCACCGCCACCACACCACCUCCUCCUCCACCACCGCCACCACCGCCACCACCACCACCACCACCGCCGCCUCAGAUGGCAGUUUCAACACUUUGCGUUCCACUGCCAAGUGGUGACUGUGGCCCAUCGGCACCGCCGCCACCACCACCGCCACCGCCACCGCCGGCGUCAUCAGCAGGCUGCUCUGGUGCAAGUGCACCUUGUGCGAAACCAGCUGCUGCCGAUUGUGCAGAUGAUGAUGAUGAAGGCUGUGCACCAGCUCCCGUUCGCCCACCACCACCACCAUCUCCACCAUUGAAAUUCAAAAUGAUCCCACUAUGCUCAGUUGCGCCUUGCAAGCCAAAACCACCACCACCACCGCCACCACCGCCGCCGCCGCCAAAAUCUGGAGGUGCUGGUUGCAAUGGAGGCGGAGGAGGCGGAGGCUGUAAGGGGAUGAAGAUAAGCAUCACAUGCGAUCCAGGUGAUGAAAGUUGCGGUGGAGGCGGAAGCAAGCCACCACCUCCGCCAGCUCCUCCACCACCUCCCCCGCCACCACCACCACCACCACCGCCACCACCACCACCGCCGCCACCACCACCGCCGCCACCUCCUCCUUGUGAUGCUGGAUCGGUCUCUUGCGUUCCUUGUGCAGUUUCAGGAGGCGCACCUUGUGCACCGCCAGCCGCCGCAGCACCACCACCACCACCGCCGCCACCACCACCAGCACCGGCAGCCGCACCAUGCCCACCAGCAGGUGGAGAUGAUGGGGGCUGUUUCAUAGCUGCCCCCAAAGAGAAACCAAAAUAUAAAUUAAUACCCGUUGCAGACUGCGGAGAAGCUGCGGGGUCCUCAGGAGGUGCUGAUUGUGGUAAAGCACAAGGUGGAGGAGCAGCAGCAGCAGCAGGUCCUGAACCGAGCAUUCCUCUAAGCUGUUUGGAAGCAUUAAAAACGUUAAAAUUGAGUGGCGCAGCUGCUGGCAAGGAUGAAGAGGAUGGAGAAGGUUCGCCUGCGCAGAGUCCCAAAUGUGCGAAAAUGCUGAGUCAGUUGCUAAGCAACCAAGCCGAAAGCACUGCAAGCACAAUGAAGGUGCUGUCUUCCUUAUUACAAGAUGACGGAUGCUCUCUCAGCUCUGGGGAGCAGCAAGUUGCUGCAAAGAUGAUGGGAAAGCUUAUGCAAGGUGGCUGCUGCAAUGCCUUUUCCGGAGGCGGUGGAGGAGGAGCCAAGUCGCAAUCGAGCUCACUAGAGGAUGAUGGCGAACGAGAACCUGAAGCUGCCAACCACAAAUAUGAAAAAUACAUCACGCUUGGCCCAGACCACUGCUCAAGCAAACGGAAGCAUGCAAGAAGAAAGAAGCCAAAGUUUGCAUCUGAGCUUGACUCAAGAAUCCAUGACGAAGAUGACUCGAUUUCAAGAGAAAAUGUUCUGAAACGAGACGGCAGCUACGCCUCAAAAAAACAGGCAAUGAAAAAGGGCUUAGAAUUCAUUCAUAAGCAUUUGAAAAGAAAGUCGUUAUUGGAGAAACCAAGCAAAAGGCAGAAAAAGGAGAGUUUGUCAUCUGAUGCAGGUGCAAAAAGUUUCAAAAGAUCAACGGAAGGUAAGAAGCGUGGGCACCGUCAUCAUCAUCAUCAUCACCACCACCACCACCAUCAUCAUAAGCAUCAUCAUCGACACAAGUAAAAAGAUGUUAUUGCGUGAGUGUUUUAAUGGACACAACUUUUGUGGCCAAUCCAUGCUACGCUUAGAAGAUUUCCGGAUUGGAAGCACUUAUUCAUCUCCGAAACUUUGGAUUUGAAUCACACUUAGAUGCUACAAAAGAAGAGACAAAAUCAUAUAUUUUAAAGCAAUAUAGAUUUUCUAGCUCUGUUAAACUGAUUUUUCUAGCAUUUCCAGCUACUAAAUUAAAUAUCAAACAGUAAAUUUAAUGCUACAUUUUUUUUGCAAUUUAUCAUUGACAACAAAUAACUGGUUUAUUAUUCAAAUCAAAACACUCUUAUGCCAUACUAUUCUAGCUGAAACUUAACAAAAUGCUUUAUAUAUUCUGAUAAAUUUAAUGCUUAAAUUUUAAAGCUUAAAAAUACAACUUAAGUUACACUAUCUUAAAGACAUUGUCUUCAAAACAACCUAUCUCAUUAUAUCCUUUACCUCAUACCAUAUUUUUAUACAAUUAAUGACAUAAUAUCUUUAAAUUGUUGUAAAUUAGUGUUUGAAAUAAAAUUAGAUUUUUAGUUCAAUCAAUAUGAUAAAUGAUUUAUGUUAGAUAUAAUAAACAUUAAAAGAAACUGAAAAUCUUUA